UCAAUCCAUUACAAAACCUAUGGUUCUCGUUUACUUGCACUUGCAGCUGCUUUGCACUCCGUGUUUUGUGACCAACAUUUCAACCGCGUUGCCUUUUUGACUCAACACUAUUGAGUAGCAGGACAUCGCACCGGUGCACUGAGACUACUUUGUGUUAUAUUGUGUCUCCAACGACACCCGUGUUAUUGCACAAGCGCAUACUUUCACGAAACGGCACGCCAUGACCUCGGACGAUGUUGCAGAGAAGAAAAUUCAGAAGUCCGUCCUGCGGACGACAGUCGGCUCCUUGGUUUACAACUUCAUGAAAGGCGUAGUUAUUGCUGGAAGUAUCUAUUUCAUGGGAUGGAUGAACCUGAGCCCUGCCUGGCUGCUCAUGGGAGUGGCAUCAUAUGUCGCCCAGAAGAACUACAUUGACCAGAAGAAACUGCGGUACAGCAUCACCAACGCUGAACAGGAGAAACAGUCCAUUUUAGCGACAAUUGAAGACCUGCCUGCAUGGGUGUUUUUUCCGGAUACAGAAAGAGCGGAAUGGGUCAAUAAGAUAUUGGGUCAGUUCUGGCCUUAUGUGGGAGAUUAUGUGAAGGACCUCAUCACUGAAUCCAUUGAACCCAGCAUCCGAUCCUCUCUGCCGGCGUACCUACAGAGCUUUAAGUUCGAGCGCAUCGAUCUGGGAGACCAACCACCUCGUAUCGGUGGAGUGAAGGUGUACAAAGAGAAUGUCUCUAGGAACGAGGUGAUCAUGGACAUAGAGCUCUUCUAUUCAGGUGAUUGCAACUUUAAAGUCAAGGUGAAGGGAUUCAAAGCAGGCAUAAAGGAAUUGCAGAUCCAUGGACACUUGCGUGUCGUCCUGCGUCCACUGACCAAGGAAAUGCCGCUAGUUGGCGGAGUGACCGCAUUCUUCCUCAGUCCUCCGGCCAUUGACUUCACGUUGACAAACUUGGGCCAAAUGCUCGAAGUGCCGGGACUGAACGACCUCCUGAAGAAGGCGGUGUCUGACCAGGUGGCGGCCAUGAUGGUGCUUCCGAACAAAUACUCCAUGCGCUUGCAGGAACAUGUUUCAACGCACACACUACGCUACUCACUGCCCUGUGGAGUCCUGAGGCUUGAACUCGUGGCAGCUAAGGACCUGAUCAAGGCAGAUAUUGGAAUGCUGGGAAUGGGGAAGUCAGACCCAUAUGCCAUUAUCACAAUUGGAGCCCAAGAGUUCCGUACGCAGGUCAUCGCCAACACGGUCAAUCCAAAGUGGAAUUACUUCUGUGAGGCUGUGGUGUACCAGAUUCCAGGGACCACCUUGGACAUUGAAGUGAUGGAUGAGGACCAAAGCAGCAAGGACGACUUUCUGGGAAGGACUUCCGUUGCAGUUGGCGACCUACAGCAGAAGGGCCAGAGCGACAUGUGGUUGACCUUGGACGAUGUGAAGUCGGGCAAGAUCCGCCUGAAAGCUUUCUGGCUGAGCCUGAGCAAGGACACGGAGGACCUGUCUCCGCAACUGGACCUGGUGAAGUCCAUCUCCACCAAGGUGCCACUCUCCUCGGCAGUGUUGAUUGUCUUCCUAGAUUCGGCGAAACAUCUGCCGAAUGCAAGCAAGGCAGCAGCAGAGCCGAGUCCCCAGCUACAGCUGGUCUUGGGCAGCCAGGAGCGUUGGAGCGCCAUCAAGCAAAGCACCAAUGACCCUGUGUGGGAGGAGAUCUUCUACCUCCUGGUAGCCAACCCAGAAGUGCAAGACAUGGAGAUCAAGAUAGUGGACACAAAAUCCAGCCAGACGUUGGGCCACCUCAAUUUCCGUCUCUCUCGGCUGCUCAAGGAACAAGAAAUGAAGAUAGAAGAGCCCCUCAUCCUUCUGGGCACUGGGCACCAGGCCAAGCUCUACAUGACCCUGCAGAUGCGUAUCCUCUCCAGCGCCCACUCUCCCCUCACACGGCAGCCAAGCAGCAAGGGUCCAUCUACCCCUGUCCCCAAACGUUCGGACAGUGUCCGGUCGUCGUCCGCCGUCCCAGCGGAAGAGGAGCCCCUCCUGCCGAGUACCCCUCCCCCUGUCAUCUCUGCAACUUCUGAACCGGGAGACGCCCCAAGUAGCCCUAAGGCUGAACCACCAUCGCUGGAGGAAAUGGUCCACUCUACCGUGUCGCCAAUUCUGGAGAGCGUGGCCAUGAGCGAGAGGGUUAUGAACGUCGACCAGAGGGAUCCAGAAAGGGAAGUGCUUGGAGAUCCAGGAGCAGGAAAGGUGCAGCUGACCCUGCGUUACAACACUCAGAAGGGGCGCCUUCUUGUAACCGUCCACCGAGCUGUUAACUUAGAGCACAGAGAGGGGGAAGACCUCCCCGACCCAUACGUGAAAUUUCAUCUGCUACCGGACAAGAACAAGGAGAACAAGAGGAAAACGCAGAUCGUCCGAGACUCCUGCAACCCCGUAUUUGAUGAGACGGUGGAGUACGAUGCCAGCUUGAGCGAGCUCGAAGGCAGCACCCUACAGGUGCUGGUGGCCUCCAAGAGCAGCACUUCCAUGUUUGCUCGAACCAGUACCCUGGGACGUACCCAGGUCAGCCUUGCCAACCUUGACCUCACAAGGACUUUGACUGAUUGGUACGACCUGGAGUCCGACACAUAAAGCGUUCAUCCUUAUCAGCCCGUCCACAAGAGCCCCUGUUGAUCUGCUUUAGUGCCAUCAGUCUCAUACAUGAUAUUGUUUAAGAAUUGAAAGAAGUGUUCCAUUGGUUGCACCCACGAUCAACUCGUCUAGCGUGAAGAGGUUUCGAAAAGCGGUGGUUGUGUUCAUUACCCUCGGGGUACUCAACACAUCAGGACCGUAACGCAUGCUGUUGACGCUUUCUAUUGUGUGGGUAUCGACGUCGGUGAACCUUGUUUCAGAAUGUGAACUGUGUUCCUAGUAAGUUGAGGGUUUUGUUAAGAGGUACAAGAUUGUAUUCCCUAUAAUGCUGCGAUUUUGCUGGACCUGCUGUCAGGGAAAGGGGCUGCAAAGCAAAAUAUGUUUUGUCAUUGCAUUGUUUUAUAGAGAUUUAAGUGAGAGUGUGUUACUUGUUGGGAGAGUCCAACUUUUUUAACUCUUUGUUUUGGACGUUGCUUUUACUUUUUUUUAUUUUUGACACAGUGCAGCUGAAAAUUAGUCCCAUUAAAUUCUUAAUGGGAUAUUGUCAAAGCUGCGUGUUUGUAGCACCCACUGAAUUGACGCACAAGAUGUCUAAAACAUUUCAUAUUUUAGUUACGUAUCUGCUUUUUGUAAACUUUUCUGACACUUUUGUGCAAGGCAUUUUUGCCAUGCCUUGGUAAAAGGGGCCUGUCUUCGUGUCUCUUCAUAAAUUAAUUAUGCGAGUUUGGUCUGCUGCUUUCAGAUGUUGCAUUUUGCACAUUUGACAUCUUCAUGUAACGCGGCGUCAUAUUACAUCAUGUUAUGUUACCCCUCUGCUUAUCAACUCCUUCAAAGCUUAAUCUAGAAAUAUAUAGUGAAAGGAGCCUUAUCAGGUAAUGUCAGUAGUUCAAAACAGUGACUAUUACAUACAUAGUCUGAUCAAAUAUCCAGUGAUGCAGUCCAUAGUGCUUUCUAUGCUCUAUGCAUUGUAUCUAACUAGACCUCACAUCUGUAAGUCGAUCCUGUACAUUACCGAAGGGUACUUCAUAUGAUGGUGAGUGGUUAGCGAACAGCUUAUUAUUUACAGAAUAUGUGCAUUGAACUUAAAAAAAAAAAAAGUGCGAGCGAGCUGGUUAACAUGAAUUAGAACACUGAGCUUAAGGAACACGAAAACAUGGGAAAAUGAACAGCAGAAACUAGUAAAUACUCUUUGCAGAAAUAAGUCUGUGGAAACUCUACAGCAAUGACAGCGGGGAGCUGACACUUUUCACACUUGAGUUUUCUCAGCGACUUUAACACCCCCUUUCAUACUUUAUCCCUUUUUAUUUGUUGUGUUUGGUUGCAACAUUAUGAACAUGUUGGUGCGGAAGGGAUAUCUUUGCUUUUUACCUUUUUACUGCAUGUGAUCAACUAACCAAAGCUUUUUCUGCUUGCUUACCACUGUUUUUGCCCUAUUUAAUCUAUGGUAAAGCAGGCAACAUUUUCACCACUCAAGACUCGCACGAAAUCUGACCAACGGCUAUCCGACAUCCAACGUCUGAUGUCGCUCGGAUAUUUGGUAGAUCACCAUUGUGAAGGACAACUUGCUUUAUGUUCAACUAAAUGCAGUCUAUUCUGUGAGAUUAUUUUUUUCUCCUUUCUUUUUUUGAGACUGGGUGCCACAACAUAAAUACCAUUUUCAACUUUCAGUACAAACAUUUUCUUGUUCUACGAUACUCUGAUACUUACUCUGAGAGAGCGUAACUCGCAAGUAGAAAUAUUUUAUUUUAAUCCGAUUGAACGAUGUGUUAUGUUUGCGUCUUCAGUACUGAAAGAUUUAGGCUGGUUCUAUUUAAUUUGUUGCUGCUUUCAAUUUGUUAACCAAGGGUGUUAAAACAUUAUGCAUACCUUUGCCUUGUUAUGUAUGUAUGUAUCACCACACAUUAUUGCUCAAUGUACUGGAUUAUGAUCAUAACUGGUCAGUUGUUACAAAUAAUGUGUUGAAUGAUGAUGUAAUUGUAACAAGUGAAACUUUUGAUUGAAGCCUGAAAAGCAGUUGCUAAUAUACCCAUUUCAGCAGCAUUACAUUUAAAACAUAUUUUUGCUGCCUGAAUGUGUGACUUAAAGUGACAAAGUAGUAUUUUUGUGUAUUUUAGUAGUAUUUGUAACUCAAGUAUUGUCAUGGCGCAACAUGGAUAGCUGUUCUGAGAGAGUUUUGCCUUCUUAUUUGCUCUUAAUUGUUGAUUAUGUUAUUCAUUGUUAAAGGGGCUAUGAAACAAUUCUCCCACUUUUGGCAUCAUGUUGACAACUUACUUAUUUGUCUCUCAAAUACACCAAUGCAACCCCGAUGCAAUGCCGAUGCAACCCCAAAUUCAGAAGUUUUUGCACUCUCCAAGACUGGCACUGCGAGAUAUAGGUGCUUGUACUGUCUCCAUCAGUCACUAUGACUAUUGUGACUGUCACAUUGACAGUCACAUCAAUAGUCACAAGGCACAGUGUCAUUAACACUGUGACUAUUACCACUGUAGAAGGGAAUAUAUUUUGUGAUGGAAUGGGGAGUAAAUCCAACAUGUACUUACCGUUUCCGGCGAAAAAAGUGACAUUGGCUUGACAAAUUUCUGAGUUCAAUUCCAAAAUUUCAAUUUCUCACAGCUGAAAAUUGAUUAGAGGCAAAAGUUCACUGAAGACAAACACCGUUGCCCCCUUAAUUUUCAGACAAGUAGAUUUUUAAACAUAUUUAUGUUGAAACACAUUAGGUGAAACACCCUGCAUGGAAAACAAUAUUACAAACAGUGCAUUAAAUAUGUGAGGUUUGAGAUGGGAUUUUAACCACUUUGGGCCUCAUCAACAUUAUAUACAGCUUGCCAGCAGGGUCAAUAGUGUUUGAAAAACGUCAGGGUAUUCCUGUAAAAAUGAUACAGGCAAUAUUUAAGUCCCUCCCGCAUUGCCAGCCCUGGCGAGCCUCACUUUGGCAGAAAAUGAAAAUUACGUCUGUGUUUCACCAUGACAGUGUUUCAGUUAUGAGAAUCUUUCACAUAUUUUGUUUGGAGUUUUGUUUGUGUUGUUUGUUGGAGCGUUUUGCUUGUUUUGGGGAGUAUCAUUUCCGGAUACUUAAGAAGACAUAUUUACAGAUAAUUUUUUGCAUUAUUUAAAAUAAUUUAAUUUUAAAACUUGAUUUAUAUAAACCUCCGGUACUGUUGCAGUUCUUUGUUUGCUAUGAUUGCCAUAGAUUAUCUUGCAGAUUACACAAGGAAUUUACUUAAGGGAAUAGUACGGUUGUACAUACGUAGAAGACACUUUGUAGUGACAAAGCAUAGUUUGCAUGAAUACUGUUGAUAUUUCAUAUAUUUUACGAUAGUAUGAUGAUUGUAGAGUACGUAUAUAGAGCUUUAUUGUCCUCACUAAUUGUGCCUGGCAUGUGCAUAUAACAAAGUGUACUGCACAUUCAUGUAUUGCAUAUAUGCUUUCACCAGAGGCAAGAACAUUAGUAAAAAGAGCCUAGUGCUGCUAAGCAUGCUGUGAGAGUUUAAUAUGUGCAUAACUGAACGAGUUUAUCAUUUGGUACUGCCAUUCAUCACUCAGAAGGUACUUGUUUGUUCAUAUUAAUAAUUGCCCAGCAACUGGGUAACUAUGAAUUCAGUCAUCAAAAUGUUCUAGCAUUUGUCGUAUGUUUUAUUACUAGGAAUAGUUAGAUAUUAUGGCACUGCAUAUUCCUAUACAUUUUCUUUGUAGCAGGUAUUGAUCUAAUUAGUUACAGUAAUUCCAAAUUAUUUUAUCAUCUGAAAUUGUAAUAAUUUGAAAUUGCACAUCACUUACCAGGUGGUUACAAUUACGUUACACCAGUUAUAUUACAACAAGUCAUAAUUAAUAUGAUCAGGACAAACGGUGUGUUGUUGACGACAGUGUGUUUCAGUGAGUGUAUUUGCAAUGUCUCUAGCACUCAGGAAAGUGCUUUUCUUAUAUCCUACAGGAGACUAAAAGGAUGGUUUGAUGUUAACCUCCCUCCAAUACAUUGUUUUCUCCAUGUGGCUUUAACUCCUGGAGACAUUAAUCACAUAUGUCAAAUUCCCUGUUCAUGUAUGUUCUAUCUCUUUGACGAAAAAAGGAUAGUACAGCCCAACUUUUCUCCAGUCCUAGAUUACAUCCCAUAAAAAAAAAAAAAAAAAAAACUGCAUGAAACUGAACAUGCUAUGGUUGUGUUUGCCCCCCGAGAAUGACACUUCUACUGCGGAGUUCUGCACCCCUAAUUAUUUCACGGAAUUCAUAUCAGAGAAAAGAAUUAUCGCAAAAGUGGAAAAUCUAGUGAUCUGGUGAAAACUGAUAAGGACAAACACUGGGAGCCGCCAAUAUUUAAAGUAGUGGCUGCUCUUCUGCAGUUGUCUACUAUAUGCCGUGGUUGAGCCUAGCAAGUGUUACUUACAAGAUGUAGCAGGAAAUUCGAAAAUGUUGCCAACAGUGUCCAAGGUGCCGUCUGUAAGCUGGACGUGGCUAUGGUUCAUAUUGUAACGGCUAUCGUAACAAUAUUUGAGGCGUUUUGGUAAAUAGUCGAUCCAAGAAUGCUCAUGCGCGAGAAGUUCUCGUGACCACUUAGUAAAACAAAUUAAAGUCAUCUCCUAACCCUUUACGAUUGAACUAGUAAGCAUGUAGUACGGCAAACCACAUUUGUAAUAAAAAAGUUGACCAAGUUUUAACUAGAAGUUAGUAGCUACAGCAUUGCCACGAAAGCUAAUAAAAAUACUCUUCUUUGAACUGCCUGCUUCAGGUGGAGGAGACAAUCUGUUGUGCUCAUACAAUGCCCAACAUACGACAUUGCCUUGUGCUCGUGUGCUGCUUGUAGUAUUGUCUGUUGUGUUGCCCAAAAUAAAUACUGCUGUAUUUCGUG